AUGCCAGGCUAUCUUACUCAGGAGGAUGUCGAAGCGAAUCCUCAGCUCAAGCUGAUCCAGCACGAUCUCCUCGUCUUGAUUUCUUUCCCAGAUAACACCACCCUGCACUGGCGCCCUUCUUGGUUCCCGCAACCUUUUCCCGGCAAGUUCUGGACCCUUCAAUCGCCGCCUGAUGUGGUCUCUGAGUUCAUUCAUGGGAGCGUCAAGCUAGGAAUAAUGACGCGGCGUCCUAGGAAGGAGUCUGACCCUCACCCACUCCAUAUUAGAAACUGGGAUCAAUGGAAAAAUUAUUGUCUUCUGCAAGAUGUUCCGGGAGACUUCCUGGGCCCACAGCAUAUCGAGCUUCUGAAGUUAGGCUUAGAACAGUCUCUGAGUCCUCUUCAAAACGCAAAGAUCCACCCGCUUUACCCAGAGCCAUAUGCUCGCGGCAGUGGCAGAUACCUCCUUCAUCCAGACUACUUGCGUAAUCUGCCGAAGAAGUUCCAGGUUCUUGGCAAAUCGGAAGUGCUGGUCGUCCACUCUAGCGGAAGCCUACGCGUGGAAUCGAAAGACUACUACUAUGGCUACCAUCGUCAGAUGAUGCGAGUCGACGGCACGGGCGAGCGGGUCGUGGAUGAAAACUAUGAUGCAAGCCAGCAGCUGAGAUUUGAAGGCGCUGGACGGCGUUGGUGUCAUCUACCGUGGACUCCGGAACAGGAGGAGAGCUGCAGA